AUGAUGCAACUGUUUCAAGCAAAUUAUCAUUUAUCAUCAAUUAUUCAUAUGCAAUAUGAUAUUACAUUAGAUUCAUCUUAUACUUAUGGAUCAAUAUAUAUAUAUAAUUUUCAAACUGAAGAAAUAUUAAAACAAUUAACAUUAACAUCAUCAUCAUUACCUAUUUUAUCAUUAUCAUUACGCUCUGAUGGUCUUUUUCUUGCAUAUAUAUCAUCAAGAACAGUUACAGUAGUUGAUAUUAUAACUGGUACAGACGUAUUUACAAAAAACAUGUUUAUUUGA